AUGGUGUCGGUAGGUGGCGGCAUCGCUAUUGCGAUCUCCGUGCUACUGGUGCUUGCGGUCGUGGGCUGGGUCGGCUUCACGCAACUGCGCGCACGCAAACUUGGACUCCCACCACCAACCCUCUCAUCAUACAUCCCGUGGAAACAAUCCGAUAGCUACAGGGAGCCCCGAUCCGCCUCGGGCGGCGUGAGGGGCUGGUUCGGCAAGCUGGGCAACCGCAACAAGCGCUCCGCGGCGGGCGCCUACGAGCAGAGCGGGCAGCAGCGCGGGUUCGGCGGCGGCGGCCUCGACCCAGACGAUGCGUGGGACUCGCGGGUCCACGACGACGGCUACGGCUACUACGAGGAGAGGGAGCUGGAGGGCCGGGAAGGCCUGGGCCAUGGCAGCACCGAGUAUCCCGGCGCGGCCGACUAUGGCGGCAGGAACCCGACUUCGGUCCAUCUCGAUGCCGCUGAGGAGAGGGGGAGGACGACUACACGGGGACCCGGGGCUCCCGGUGCAAACCCAUUCGACGAUGAUGCGGCGUCCAGUCUGAGGGAUGUGAGCCCAAGGCCGAUGAGUGGAGCGCCGGGAGCGGCACCCGUCAGAAACAGUCUUGAGGGCCGGAGGUCAGCAUUCAGAGAGGAUGUAUGA